AUGACCUCCUCCAACUAUAUCCCAAGAGAAUCCUUAUUAACACCCCAAGGAAUCCUCAGAAAUCCACGACCUUCCUUACCUAUCGGUCUGUUGCCCGACCCAACCCAGCACAGCCCAGCACAACCCAGCACAGCCCGGCUCAACCCAGCACAACCCGGCCCAACCCAACACAGCCCGCUCAACCCAGCACAACCCGGCCCAACCCAGCACAACCCAGCACAACCCAGCUCAGCCCGGCCCAACCCAACAUCACAGCCCGGCGCUCAACCAGCACAACCUGCCCAACCCAGCACAACCCAGCACAACCCAGCUCAGCCCGGCCCAACCUAG